AUGGCUCAGGGAGUCGUGGAGGAAGAGGAGGAGGAGGAAGGGGAGGCUUUCGGCGAGGACUGCCAAGAGGAGCUGCCCAGUGCCGAGGCCGUGCCCGUGGGCCCCCAGGAGGAGCAGGCCCUGGGGCAUGCCCAGGUGCCCGAAGGGCCCAAAGCCUGCAAGAGACCGAGCAGCCGAGGCCCGGGGAGCUGCGAGAAGCGCCGUGGUGUGGACACCGCUGGGGCCAGCGAGGAGGCCGGCAGCGAUGAGGAGCACGGGGAGGUGCUGGGGAUGCCCAUGGGGGUGGCAGAGCACCUUGAAGAGCCCUCUUCAUCAGACAUGGAGUCUGUGGGGACCCCGGAGGCGAUGCUCCUGGGCCGGCACGAGCAGGGCGAGCUGGAGCCGGAGUCGUGCUUGGGUGGGGUUGCAGCGGAGACGGCGGAGGACCUGCGGACCCUGAGCAGCGAGGAGGAGGAGGAGGAAGAGGAAGAAGAGCGGGCCCUGCACGCCCCUGGCAGCAUCCUGCCGCCCUCCGUGCUGGACCAGGCCAGCGUCAUCGCGGAGCGCUUCGGCAGCAGCUUCUCACGCCGCAGCAGCCUGGCGCCCGAGGAGGGCCGGGGCUCGCUCCCAGCCGCAGCAGCAGCGUGCUCAGCCUCGAGGGCAGUGCCCCCGACGCCCGAAGCGGCCCCCCGCUCCCGGCCAGUGACGAGGGACCGCUUGCUGCUGGAUAAGAUCAAGAGCUACUAUGACCACGCCGAGCACCAGGAUGCCAGCUUCAGCAUCAAGCGCCGCGAGAGCCUCUCCUACAUCCCCAAGGGCUUGGUGAGGAACUCAGUGUUCCGCCUCAACAGCCUGCCCCGGCCACCACCAGAGCACGACAUGGGCGCCCUCCCGCCGCCGCCGCGGCCCUGGGAGCCCCCCGAUGCCACCCGCCCCGGCCUCGUCAGGAACCUGCGGGAGAAAUUUCAGACGCUCAACGCCGCCAGCUAG